CAUCGGUCCGCCUCCACAACCUAAUGGCUAAGGUAAUGGAUAUCGCGACGUCAACGCAUUCCAACUCAUCAGGCUUCUUUUCACGACUCGCGCCAUCGACGAAACCAGUUUUUCUCGCGACCCAAACUUUGGGAAAACCCCCAUGACAUAAUUCUCGAGCCUCUAGUCUAGAAAUAGGGUUUUUUUUGAGAUCAUCGUCGACCUAAACCGAGUCAAGAGGCGCGAUAUCCGAAAACAGCUGCAGACACAUGUCGGACUAUCAAGGUGCUUCUUCUUUUCAGAACCUUCGUCCGCCGAGUUUGGUUAUCCAGGGCGACAGCGACGACGAUUUCGAUAUCACCAAUCGCGAAGCAUUUAUUGACUUUGGUGGUGAUCAAGAUAACGACUCUAUCGCGGUAAAUCGACAACUCAAUCGCGAGGCUAUUGCUCAGAACUUGGCGACCUCGAAUCUCCUCAUUCCCUCUCCGGCGGCUGCGUCUUCGUCUUCGCUAUCGGUUCCAACAAUGGGUGGUGAAGAUGAAAAAGGGGACUCUGCUGCGUCCCCUGGAUUCAAGAAUCCUUUCAAUUUCCAGACGCAAGUUAUAUCUACAGGCCCUGUCAAGUCGAACAUUGGACAACGUCGCGGACACAGAUACAAGCACAGUAGUAUCUCCUCACAACAUCAAAUUUUCAAAGAGCCGCCUCAGAGGCCACCUCCCGUUCUCCCCGCUUCUCUCCCGAUACCGACUGUUCGCGAAGCAUGGAAAAGCAUGACAAAAGACCAACGCAUUCAUUGUUAUUGGAGCAUGUGCCAUCUUGCCGUGGCUACAUAUGUUUUCUUCCGUUCAGAGGGGUCUCUUGCUACAACUGCACUUUCGCAUCUCGUUUUCUUUGACGCUGGCAGUGCUGCUGUUUGUGUCAUGGUUGAUGUCCUCGGCAACUUUGAAGUUUGGCGACGUAGCAGUAUUCGUCACCCUUUCGGCCUCGAGAGAGCAGAGGUCCUUGCUGGUUUCGCCAUGUCUGUUUUCCUCCUUUUUGGAGGCUUUGACUUGAUCUCUCACACUCUCAAGCACUUCCUUGAGUCUCUUGGUAGCCACGAGGCUCAUCAUGAACAUGGUCAUGAAGGCCCAGAUGGCUCUGUCGACCUCGUGUCUGCUGCUGCCAUGGUGAGCACGCUUGUAUCGGCAUAUGGUCUUCGAAACCAUGCCCGCAUUGCUAAACUCAUGCGCGUCUCGUACCUUGCUUCUCUCCCAAGCGUACUCUCAAACCCUUUCCACUUCCUCACUCUGUCUUUCUCCGCUGUCAUCGCUCUUCUUCCUCUUCUCUCUAUCUCACUCUACACAUGGCUUGACCGUCUCAUCUGUGUCGUCAUCGCCUUUGCCAUGUUUGCUUUGGGAAUGAGACUCGCCGUAGCUCAGGGUCUUAUGCUACUGAUGUCUUAUGGUGGUACUGGAGGCAACAACGGCGUCAGUGCCGUUCUGAGAGAGAUCGAGACCGAACCUAGCGUGGUGACUAUUGAUGAUGCCCAGUUCUGGCAAGUUCACUAUGGUCUCUGCAUGGCCAACCUCAAAUUGAGUGUUGUCAAGGGCUACGAUGAAAUGUCGCUUAGCAAGCUACGGCAGCGCAUUUCGGCCUUGAUCCAGAACAGACUGGGCGAGGGGUACGGCCAUGGAGGCAGUAUCCGAUGGGAGGUGACAUUACAAAUGACCACUGAAGGUAGUACAUAAGAGCAUGAGUUUUCUGUUGGGAUAAUAAUGAUAAAAUCUGUACAUGAUGAUUUACAAACGGUCACAUAUAGCUAGAGAACAUAAAUAUAGCGUCCGUGU